GAAAUAGUUAGUCUUGGCUCAGAGUUGCUGGGAAUGUGUGAAUGGUAUCGUUUUCCAUUUGUUUUCCAAUUGCUUUAGAAUGCAUUUAUUAGUUUUUCCUAUUAUUGCUGUAUAAAUAAAAGUAAUCCAAUGUAGGAUGGAGUCAAACUUGAAAAGAAAUUCUUCUACGCCAGAAUCUAUAAUGGCUAAAUAUGCUGUGAUGAAACGUGAUGAAGGGUCUCCAGAGAAACCGGUCACCAAGUACACAGGCAGUAGUGCCUUGCGACCAAUUAUGCUAUUCUUAGCAGCUGCAGCAGUAACUACUUCCGUAUUAGUCGCCCUUCCGCGUCCAGUCAAAAACUUCAUCUUAAGUUCGCAGAAUACAUCAAAUAGUACCUUGAAAGAUCUGCAAUCAGGUGCGCCCACUUAUGCGAUUUUCGGCAAAAGUCAUACAGAAGAGCACUUGGUACAUGUAGUGAAUGUUCUUCAUAGAUUCGGAUACGAAAGGGUUGAAUUAAACGAAAGUUGGAAUCUCUUGUGGGCCCAUGAUUAUCCAUUCCUUUCCCUUCCUGACUUAAAGAACCUUGGGAAGCAUCAGAAAGUUAAUCAUUUUCCGGGCUGUGGAUACUUAACAAACAAGGUGGAUUUGUGUACAACUUCACUGCCAUUUCUUCCUCGUGCAUUUAGACUUCCAACACAGAGAGUCGACUUCUUGGAAUACGCCCAUGCCCACCCAGACCCAGAUGCACUUUUUGUGGAGAAACACAAUGAGCAUAGACAUAUCAAAGUUCGCAAACCAAGUGAUAUCGAUCUCUGGUCAAAUGAUUCUUUCGUUCAAGAGUUCAUACCAAAACCAUUCUUGGUGGACGGACAUAAAUUUGAUAUCGGCGUUUACGUGGUGAUAACUGAGAUUAACCCCCUUCGAGUGUACAUCUACACUGGCGACGUUCUAUUUCGUUACUGUCCUGUAAAAUAUUAUCCCUUCGACAGUGAAAACGUAGACAAAUACAUAGUGGGCGACGACUAUUUACCUACUUGGGAAGUUCCUUCAUUACGGAAGUAUUACAAUCUUUUCGGGGGUAGCAUGCGUAAUGCUUUUGAGGCAUAUGUACGUGAUCAGUCCAUGGACCCUUCGAAAAUAUGGCCUCAAGUAGAACAUAUCAUCCGCACAACAAUUUUGACGAAGGAAAAAGACAUUGUCAAUAUUCUUCACUCGUACAAACAGCAUAAUUUCUUUGACUUGAUGAGAUUUGAUCUUUUUAUCGACGAGAAUCUAAAAGUUUAUCUAAUGGAGGCCAAUAUGUCGCCAAAUCUUUCAUCGGCUCAUUUCAAGCCAAAUUCGCUUUUGUAUGAGCAAGUGCUAUAUAGUGUAUUUAACUUAGUUGGAAUACGUCAAUUACAUGGAACAAGUGCCCCCAUAUUUUCUGACAGCAGCGACUUUCUUGCAUCUGAUAAAAAUUUGGCAACAGCCUUAAAUACAUGCGCUUCGAACGAUUGUGACAGGAACUGCAACAAGGAAAAGUGUAGUCUCUGCUUGCCUUGCCUCAGUGGAUCCGAAUACAAGAUGCUUCACCAAGCGUACGAGGAGCAUUUGCAUCGGGUUGAUAUGAAGCGUAUUUUCCCAAAACCAAUUCUAAAUUUGCAGAACUUCGAUAUAAUUGACGAAACGCGAAAUAUGUCGAAGAAAAACGCGUGGAUGACGCGAUGGUUCUAUAAUAAAUGUCAAUAUGAGCGAACGUGGUGUGUCUAAAUUUAAAAUGAGCACUCUACUGAUUUAUUUGCAUAUUAAAGUACGACUAGAACAAAUAUUAUAUAUUUUUAAGAAAUAAUUUAUUUAAAAUUCAAAUCAGUACACCCCUUGCAAAAAGUAUUAUGAUU